CUGAAAGUCAUUCAAUCACAAAUGGCGCUUGUUCGUGAACGCCGGCAGUCUAAACUCGGUCUCCGAUUACCGGAAAUCUCCGAACGCCGCCCUCGUUUCCCUCUACCUCUCCCUCCCACCACUCAACAACCGACAACCACCACCGCGGCCGUUGACUUAGAAAAGAUUCAAGUUCUCGGUCACGGCAACGGCGGGACGGUUUACAAAGUGGUACAGAAGAAAACCUCGAAUGUUUAUGCGCUCAAGGUUGUACAUGCCGACAGUGAUCCGAUGAUGCGCCGACAGAUAUUCCGGGAGAUGGAGAUUCUCCGGCGAACGGAUUCGCCUUAUGUCGUUCACUGUCAUGAGAUAUUCGAGAAGCCCGAUGGGGAUAUAGCUAUAAUGAUGGAAUACAUGGACGCCGGAACCCUAGACUCGUUAUUGAAAAACGGUGGCCGGUUCACCGAGAAGACACUCGCCGACGUCGCCAGACAGGUUCUUAACGGACUUAACUACCUCCAUGCCCACAAGAUCAUCCAUAGAGACAUCAAACCUGCAAAUCUUCUGGUCAACAAGAACAUGGAGGUGAAGAUCGCCGAUUUCGGAGUGAGCAAGAUCAUGUGUCGGACUCUCGACGCCUGCAAUUCCUACGUCGGCACGUGCGCGUAUAUGAGCCCAGAACGGUUCGAUCCCGACACUCACGGUGCAAACUAUAAUGGAUAUUCCGGCGAUAUCUGGAGCUUAGGGUUGACGAUGUUGGAGCUUUACAUGGGUCAUUUCCCGUUCUUGCCGGCCGGCCAGAAACCGGACUGGGCGACGCUUAUGUGUGCGAUAUGUUUUGGGGAACCACCGAGCCUGCCGGAAGGGGUUUCCGAUGAGUUUCGGAGUUUCAUAGAGUGUUGUUUGCAGAAGGAUUCUAGUAAGAGAUGGACAGCAUCACAGCUGCUUUCACAUCCUUUUUGUAGACAACCUGAAAGCUAAGAUUCACCGGAAAAGUUCGUCGGUGUUGGCGACGGAGAUGACCGGAACUGAUGAACGAGUCUUUGUUUUUCUGUAAAUACAUCGAUGAUGAAAUUCAAAAUAAUAGGAAUUUUGUGAUCUUUGUUUCUCCAACCAUUUCAAAUGUAUAUUCUUAGCGAAUUCAAUUUCAAAUUUGAAUUGAAAUCCUUCAAGGUGUCA